CUCUAGAAUCUGAGAUUGUAGAAACAAUGUGCCAGUUGGAGAGAUUUUUUCCACCAUCACUCUUCGACAUUAUGUUUCACCUUCCUCUCCAUCUAGCUAAAGAAGCACGCUUGGGUGGCCCUGUGCACUUCAGAUGGAUGUAUCCGUUUGAGAGGUAAAUUUUUUUUUGUCUUUGUCGUAUACUUUCAAUAAAUAGACUAACUUAUAUGUUCUGGUAUGUAGAUAUAUGAAGACUCUAAAAGCUUAUGUCAAGAAUUUUGCACGACCCGAAGCUUGUAUGGCUGAGGGAUAUUUGUCUAGUGAAUGCAUUGCGUUUUGUAUGGAGUUCCUUCGAAAAUCUGUUCCAGUCCAAGAAGCAAUUAAUAGAAAUGAAGAUAUUGAGGCAAUUCAGAAUGUCCUUGAAGGAAGACCAUUACAGAAAGCUACAGAAGUAACCCUCACAGAUAAGGAGAGAGAUAUAGCUCAUCGUUAUAUCCUCAUGAAUACAGCAGUCAUGGAUCCGUAUAUUGGGUAAGUAAAACAGCAGUUAGAUAUAUAAAGUUGUUCUAUUUUAUACAUCGUUUAACUUAAAGAAAGCAGGUUGCAUUUGGAAGAACUGCAAGCUACUGAUGAAAGAUGCGCACAAAAUGAAACUCUACUGUGGAAAUAUCACACAGAAAGGUUUCCUCAGUGGAUAAAAGAUAAGGUAAAUGAGCUUAUUAUAUGCUUUAAUCUUUACAUUUUUGUAUGAUUAUUAACUCUGCUACACGUUUCAUGUUAAUUAGAUACCUAAUAACUCGAAGGAACAUUCGAAAAGGCUGAGAUGGCUUGCUUUUGGACCCAGGAAUAUUGCUCACACAUACAAGGGAUACGUGGUGAAUGGACAUCGAUACCAUUGUGAUGAUGUAAAGCACAAUACACAGAAUAGUGGGGUUGCAUAUGAAGCAUUUUCGAUGUGUCGAGCUAGCGCUAAAGAUUCUAAGCAAAUGGCGGACAUGGUAGCUUACUAUGGAGUGAUAAAGGAGAUCAUAUUGGUGGACUACCACAUGUUCCAAGUUCCCCUGUUUAAGUGUAGUUGGGCUCACAAAGGGAAAGGAGUUAAAGAGGAAGAAGGGUUCACACUUGUCAAUCUUCAUAUGAACCAGUCAUCAUUUGCAAACGAUCCAUACAUUCUGCCAUCGCAAGCUAAACAGGUCUUCUAUUCUAGAGAAGAUGAAAGCUCACCUUGGUAUGUUGUUAUGCGGGCACCACCAAGAGGAUACCAUGAGUUAGAGACAGAAGAGAAGAUCGAUUUUGAACCAUCAGUCCAGCCAAUUGAAGAUAUAGGAUAUCAAUCUGAUGAUGAGAGUUUCUAUGUUAGGGAAGACUGUGAAGGUGUCCUUGUUGAUGUUUAGAUACUAAAAAUUCUAGUUUUGUUUCAGGUUCUCUGCAAUGAUGAAAUCUCAAGCUUUUACUGAGCAAAACCGUCGCAGUAAGCGUCAAGCAGGUGUUGAUGCGAGUCCUGUCGGGUCAGAGGUUCAUAAGAAACAAAAGAAGAAUGCUCCGAAGGUUAAUGAAAGAGAAGAGAGUGCUGCUAAAGAAUCGACUGAGGAAGAGGCGCAAGACGUAGAAGUGGAUCAACAUUCACCAACUGAAGUUGAAGAACCCAUCCCUGCUUCUAGCAAUGGAGUGUCCAACACCGAUGACACUCAGACACAGCAAUCCGAGAUCAAAACGAGGAAGACAAGGGGUCUAACUAAAAUGCGCAGAGUGGCCAAAAAUACAGAGGACAAGGUAGAUGUAGAGUUCAACUCCAUAGGUGAGCAUGUCGGUAGUGGAUCAGUGACACUCUCAUCCUUUCUUGGUCCUCUUGUGAGGGAGCAUGUGCCAGUAUUGCUAGAUGACUGGAGACACGUCGAAGAAACAACAAAAGACGCUUUAUGGGAAGAGAUUCAGGGGAGGUUCAACUUGACAGAGGAAUGGCAAAAAGAUGCAGUCUUUAAGCAGAUGGGUUGCUUGUGGAGGGCCUCGAAAUCUAGGCUGACUUCUAUAGUCCGUUCUAUUAAAAACAAGGCUCAGAUACAGAAAAUGAAGCCUAGCAACAUCCAAUCUUCUUCUGCUUGGAACAGUUGGGUGAAAGCUAGGUGCACCAAAGAUUUUAAGGUACAAAGUGAUAAAUACAGGAGACUUAGGAAGAUUCAAAUUCCGCACACAACAAGCCGAAAAGGCAUGAGUCGCCUAGCUCAUGAGAUGAAAAGAAACAGCGAUGAUCCUAAGAAAGUUACUAGAACUAAGGUUUGGGUAGCAGGACAUACGUAUUCAGAUGGGAGACCCGUGAAUGAAGCACACGCUGAAACUAUUGAAAAGAUUAAGACAAUUGACAGUGAAAUAGAUUCUAACUCCUCGGAUAACAUUGGUGAAGAUGCUGUGAGUCAAGUUCUCGGAAAAGAGAGACCAGGAAGAGUUAGGGGGAUGGGCAGAGGAGCCACUAUUACGAAGAUGGCUUACUUACAAGCUAGAGACAAACAUGUCCAGAAGCUUGAAGCUACUCAAGCGGAAUUAAUUACCAAGCUUGAAAAGUUGCAAAAUGUUGUUAUUGACUUAGCUGGCAAAAGUUCUGAAAGAAGCGAUGGUAGCAAGAGAGGAAUAAGGUGCCAGAUACUGGAUUGGAUUUCGACUGAUGAUGUGGUUGUAGGUGAAGGAGAAUACUACUCAAGUGAACCCACAUAUAAGAUUGGUCGAAUUCCUCUGGGUCCUAAUGCAGCCGCUGUAAUUGUCAACUCUGUAGCAGUCGAAGAUGCAUGUGUCUGGAGACCAACUACAAGUAUUGGAACACUUGCUGAAGCUGUAGGAGUUAAAAUUGCAUGGCCAUCCGACAAGUUAAUAUUGGACGAUGUUAUUGACUUCUCAAAACAUGCUAACACUGUCGGGUCAGAGGUAAACUGA